AUGGCGUCGCAGUGCAAGACUCGGACUCUUCAAGUGGUAGACACUGAAUACAGCGCCGAUGCUGUGGAGUGGUGCCCUGUGCAAGGCUGGCACAGCAUCCUGGUUUGUGGCACCUACCAGCUAAAGAAACCUGCUAGAAAGCCUGGUGUAAACCUCAGUGAGAGUGAUGAGGCCCACACACGGUUGGGUCGCCUCUACCUGUAUCACUACAGUGAAGAACAGCCUUUUAUCCCACUGACUGAAAUUCAAAGGAUUGAAACCGCCGCCAUCCUAGACAUCAAAUGGUGCCACAUUCCCGUUGCAGAACAUCCCACAUUGGGCAUUGCAAAUGCCAAGGGAACUGUGGAGCUCUGCCACCUGACUGGAAGUGAGAAGAACAGCUGCAUGUUGGAGCCACUCUGCAGUGUUGAUUUAGGAGCACAAUGCAUUGCCUUGUCUCUGGACUGGUCCACAGGACGGGAGCAGUGUGGGCACCCACUGAGAGUAAUCAGCAGUGAUUCAAAGGGGACGCUGAACCUACUGUCAAUAGAUGAAUCUGCUCCUUCUGUGAAAAUCCUCAGCCAGUGGAAGGCUCACAACUUUGAGGCCUGGAUUGCUGCUUUUAAUUACUGGGACACAGAUAUUGUGUAUUCAGGUGGAGAUGACUGCAUGCUGAGGGGCUGGGACACCAGGCGUUGCCCAGAAAUGCCUAUCUUCACCAGCGAGAGACAUUCAAUGGGCGUGUGCAGCAUUCAGUGCAGUCCACACCGGGAGUAUCUUCUGGCUACAGGAAGCUAUGAUGAACACAUUCUCCUGUGGGACACCAGGAAUAUGAAGCAGCCAAUGGCAGACACCCAUGUUGAGGGUGGAGUUUGGAGGUUGAAGUGGCACCCAACACGUGAGCACUUGCUGUUGGCUGCUUGCAUGCAUAAUGGAUUCAAAAUCCUUGACUGCCAAGGAAGUAUGGCAGAAAACACCGAGGAAUGCACUGUUGUGUCAUCCUACAUCUUGCAUAACUCCUUGGCUUAUGGAGCUGAUUGGUCAAGACUCUCCCCAAGGGAUCCCUUGGCUGUAAAACAGGACCCACUUUCUGCACCUGACUUGUCUGAGGGACCAGUGGCAAGCUCGGAUCAAGGAAGCAAGAAACUGGAUCUGCAAAUCCAGAAUCUGAAGAUAGUUUAUGAAUCUCCUACAGCUACCUUUGAUGUAGUGUUAGAUGAGGAGGGUGAAGGCACUGCCUCACAGGUCAGACCAGAAAGUGGCUCUGAUCCUCAUUCUCAGUGUCUUGAUGGAAGGGGAUUGGACAUCAAGAGUGAUCAAACUGAAUUGGCAAAGGCUCCAAGAGAGAUCAGCAUCCUAGCGACUUGUUCAUUUUAUGAUAACAUCCUACAUGUUUGGAAAUGGGAAACAAGUCAAAUCAACCCUUCAGAGUAAAAUACAAAAAAUAUUAUUCCCACUCUGAAAACACAAUUUCGCUUGAACAGCCUUGAAAAGUCCCCCUCUUUCAAAUGUCCCAGAGGGAAAGUAUAGGAGACUUUUUGUAUUGAGAACUGUAUCUGCAGCCUAUGCCCAGUAUAACUUCCACUGGGGUUUUUCCAGUUUUAUUGCCUGGGAGCUCAAGGCUCCUGAAUUUCUGAAGAUCUGUACUGUUAAAUUAAGGCAACUACAUUCUUAGUGUUUUGUGUCUAACUCUGACUAAAUCAAAAUGAAUAGUCUCCUAUCUUUGCUGAGGGACAUAGUAAAACAUGGGUGCUUCUACUUGGCUAUCCUUUACUGUUGUGAUUCAGAGUGACGAUGGUGCAUUUCAAGGGAUGCUUCUUUAGGCAUGAAAUUUACCUCCCUUGACGACUAGUCUGUUUGUAAGUCUUGCCUCCAGUUCCAGAGAUAUGGGUGGGUGCCAUUUUUCCUUGUCCCUCUCUCCCAGCAGAAUCCGCCUCCCCCGCAUCAACCAAACCUUGCUGCAACACUAAAUUAUUUAAGUCCACUGUUACAUAAUAGCCACAAAAUUUGGAUUUAAACGUUCAAGGGUGUUUGAAUAUAAACAUAGGUCACUAGCUUGUUUUGUAAACUGCACAUGCUGUGAGGACAUGCUGCACAGGGAACCUGUUUAUAGUGACCUUGGAUAGAGAGAUUGCUUUUAGAAUGAAAUCCCAGAUUGUCUCAAAGUACAUGACAGAACAGAUUGCAAGUGCAGCUCCAGUGAAGUUGUAUACUGAAAUGUCUUAAUCAUGAGGAUUCUGCUGUGGCUGCAUGUGUGUAAUUUUACACCUAAUUUACUGCAUGAAUACAAGUUGACUUUCAGGUUCACUUGUCAACUAGCACCACUUGGAUUUGCAUGAUCAUGCAGUGAAUCUCAUUGUAUAUUAGUGCUUACAGCAAAGAAAUCUUUAAAAAAGCAAACUCUGCAACAAACCCAUAUCCCUGGUAUCCAGAGAGUGAGACCUAUAAUAUGAGACUAGGGUCAAAUCAGGUUUAAAAAAAAAAUGAGCCAUUUUUCAGCAUAAAUCUCAAAACCCCCAAACCCUGUUGGCAACACUUCCUGAUGUU